CCAACAGCCAACACCCAAACCUCUAUCUGUCUAUGGAUUCCGUAGCUUAGCUUGUUCAGGUCCACCAUAACACAUUAACACCCAAACAAAACCCCACUCCGCAACAGUUUAUUUCUAAUCUCUUUCUUUUGUUUUCCAAAUCAAUUUGUGCUUCGAGCAAUAUUUUCUAGAGAGGUGAUUUUGACAGGAAAUAGUGAAAGGUGGUGUUUUUUUGUUUGUUUUCUCUAUCCCUCUCUUUCUUUGAUUCAUUUCAUGGCUUGAAAAAGGAAAAUCCAGUGCAGUAAGCAAGGAAGAGUCUGAGGAGAAGGAUAAGGAGAAGAAAGCUACCUGCUUGGUCAAUGGGAUGUGUUCAAGCUUUCUUACUUUAGUGUAAGCUAGACCAGCCUGUUAACUCACUACAAGUUUUGUUUGGUAAACCAAUAUAAUUAAUCUCUUGUGCCUUAGCUUGUAAGUGGUCUUUUUGGGGUGCUAAAAAGCUUUAAUCUUUGAGGUUCUGUUGGAUUUCUUGAAAAAAGUCUCUGUAUGUAUAUUACUGCACUCGAGAAUUUUGUUGCAUCUAUUGCUCGUGGCUUUAAAUCUUUCGGGUUUGUGCAUUGCAGGCAGCUCUUUACAUAGUGCUAUUAGUCAUUUAUAUUAGUUGCUAAUCUCAAGUGCUGCUGAAAUGGCUGGUUUUGGUGACCAUAUGCCAAUAAUGGGAGAUUGGGUGCCUCCUAGUCCAAGCCCGAGGGCAUUUUUCUCUUCGGUUUUGGGCAAUGAUAUUGAGUCAAGAUCAAAUGCCAGUCAGCCCCUCGUUCCAGAUCCUAAAGAGUAUGCUUCAUCAGGGAAUUCGGAUAGUAAAAAUGGGGCGCAAGGCAGUGAUCAAACGCCUAAAUUAAGUUCACUGUCUGAGCGGAAUAUGAACUCUCAUGGAGGUCUGUUGGAAAGAAUGGCAGCUAGAGCUGGAUUCAGUGCCCCGAAGCUGAAAACGGAUAGCAUUCGACCUCCUGCUCUUGUUCAGAACCAAGAACUUAGGUCUCCUUACGUCACAAUUCCACCGGGUCUUAGUCCAACAACCCUGCUAGAUUCCCCCGUUUUCCUCUCAAAUUCUCUGGUCCAAUCAUCUCCAACAACUGGGAAAUUUGCAUUUCCCUCAAUUGGUGACAGUCGAAACUCAGCAUUGUUUAUGGGGGCUUCUGAUAACAACAAAGAGACUUCUUUUAACAACAAUGACGCCUCAUCGUUUGCUUUCAAGCCAGUUAUAGAAACUGGUCCUUCCCUUUUUCCCGAGACAAUUAGCAAAGUACCUCCAUCCAGUCUAUCUUGGCAAUCCGUUCCAGGUAUUGAGGUUUCAGUCCAUUCUGAGAACGCUCUUGUGCAUCAAUGUGCUGAGCCUACUCUGGUUCACACUCAGAGUGGAACACUUGAACAAUCCGUGUUCUCAAGAUCAUAUACUGAAGGGGUUAGUAAUAUCAUAUCAGAGCCGAGGACCUUUCAAGCAGUUGCUGGCAGUAUGGAGCACUCUCCCCCGCCCGAUGAGCAGCAGGAUGAGGAUAUAGAUCAACGAGGAGGUGGUGAUCCCAAUGUUCUUGGUGCUCCUGCUGAUGAUGGCUAUAACUGGAGAAAAUACGGGCAGAAACAGGUCAAAGGAAGUGAGUAUCCACGGAGUUACUACAAAUGCACACAUCCAAAUUGCCCGGUCAAGAAGAAAGUGGAACGGUCCCAUGAGGGUCAUAUUACAGAGAUUAUCUACAAGGGAACUCACAACCACCAAAAACCUCCGCCUAAUCGCAGGGCAGCAUUUGGAUCUGAAAAUGCAGAACAAGAUGGAACUAUUGUCAUUGGUGAUCCUAUUUGGGAAAACGUGCAAAAUGGAUCUGGUGCUGGAGGUCCUGAUUGGGGGAAUGACAAUCUUGAGGUAACAUCUUCAGGCACUCAGUUUGAACCUAGGGAUCCAGUGGAGGGGUCUUCUCCUUUUUCAAAUGAUGAAGAUGAAGAUGAUCGUGGAACACAUGGCAGCGUAUCACUCCCCGAGGGUGAAGGAGAUGAUACUGACUCAAAGAGAAGGAAGAUUGAAACUUAUGCAGCUGACAUGAGUGGGGCCACCAGAGCCAUUAGGGAGCCCAGGGUGGUGGUGCAGACUACCAGUGAGGUUGACAUACUUGACGAUGGGUAUCGCUGGCGCAAGUAUGGGCAAAAAGUUGUCAAAGGGAAUCCAAAUCCAAGGAGUUAUUACAAGUGCACAAGUGCGGGCUGCACUGUUAGGAAGCACGUGGAGAGAGCUUCACAUGAUCUGAAGUCGGUGAUUACCACCUAUGAAGGGAAGCACAACCAUGAUGUUCCUGCAGCUCGCAACAGCAGUCAUCCUAAUUCAGGGGCUUCCAACGGUCUGUCCUCACAAACGACUGCUACUCAAGGUCACGUGCAUAGGCCCGAGCCUUCUCAGCUUCAGAACACCAUGUCACAGUUUGCUAGGCCUCCUUCACUGGCCUCAUUUGGUUUUCCUGGUGGGCCACAGCUCGGCCACACCUUAGGCUUUGGUUUUGGGAUGAACCAGCAAGGCCUUGCCAAUCUGGCAAUGGCUGGAUUAGGACCUAACCAAGGCAAAUUUCCAGUUCCUCCGGUUCAUUCUUAUCUUGGACAACAACACCCAAUGAAUGACAUGCGACCCAAAGCAGAACCCAAGAUGGAGCCUAGCUCAGAUCCUGGCCUGAAUCUCUCUAAUGAUUCCUCAGUCUAUCAACAAUUCACCAGUAGACUGCCUCUUGGACCUCAAAUGUAAAUUUUACUAAUCUUCGCCCUCAUACAGUUUUUAAAAAAAUGUAGUAGUAGAAACCUUAGACAGCUUAUUUUAUUGCAUCCUAUAUUUCAUUCUUUGUUAUUCUUUUGAUACUCAAAAGUUGCUUUCUUUCUCCUGGUGUUUCCAUUUGGAUAGUUGUACAGUGUAAAAUUUUGAAAUUUUUGUUCAAUUAUAGUCUUCAAAGAUUUGGGAUGCCUUAAAAGAGGCACCUGAAACAAUGCAUAUUCUGCCA